AUGCGUUUCACACCUUUCGGUACAAGCGCACUAUUCGCUGCGCUCCUCGCUCUUCCUACUGCUCUCGCCUCCGACUCUCUAACGCUCUACCUCCCCGCAAAGCCCAACCCUUUCACCCUCCCCGCCUCGACGCAUGCUACGCUCUCCUCGGCAGGCGUGCAUGUCUCGGCUCCUCUGUCUGCGGCCAACACUUUUGUCUUCCACAAUGUCACGCCCGGAUCGUACCUCGCCGACGUGCACUGUCCAACCGACGCGUUCCACCCGCUGAGGAUCGAUGUGCAGCUUGAGGAGGGUGGCGAGGAGGGUAUCGUGCGCGCAUGGGAGACUUACAGGGGCAAUGAUUGGAAUAACAAGGGCGAGGUUGUGUCUGUGAAGGAGGGAAGUAAGGGACGUGGGUUUGAGGUUCGGGCCAUUGGAGGGAAGAACUACUUUAUGGAGAGACCUCAAUUUUCCGUCUUUUCCAUUCUCAAGAACCCCAUGAUUCUCAUGGCUGUUGUCAGUCUGGGUCUCAUGGUCGGCAUGCCCAAGCUCAUGGACAGCAUGGAUCCCGAGAUGCGCGCCGAGUUCGAGGAGCAGCGAAAGAACAGCGCUCUGAACAGUGUCAUGAGCGGCCAGGCCUCAGCUGAAAACCCCCUCAGCAACUUUGAUAUGGCUGCGUACCUUGCUGGUUCCAAGCCUAAGGAAAGUGGCAAUGCACCCAACAAUGGCGGAAACCCUAAGAACCAGGGUGUGACACGAUAA